AUGAAUGCCUUUAUUGAUAUUGAGGUUACAUUUCUCAAUCCCAUUUCUAAAAGUUUAAUACAGUGUUGUAUCUCGCUCUUGUGGUUGUUUUGUUUUGUUUUUUUCCACUACUCUGUAAAGAUUUAUCUGCCACCUGAUCUGCCACGAAAUUACAGACCAGUCCAUUACUUUCGGCCUGUAAUAACAGCUGGGAAUGAAAACUACCAUUUACAAAAGGUGUUGGAAGAAUCAACUGGAAAAUUGGGGAGUGAUGCCACACAACAAGGCAGGCACGCAUUGAAUGCGUCUCAGAGGAGGGAACAACUAGGAGAGACUGUUCUGAAAGGUCCAGCUCCUUCUGUUUUGGAAUACCUGUCUGAGAAAGACAGAGAAAGACUCAAAGAAGUAAAACAAGCAUCUGAACAACAAAUGAAAGCAAAAAUGUUGCCUCAGCAGCCCCGAAAUAGCAGAUUCCAGCCAGCCUCCCCAAACGAUGCUUCUCAUAAAUGGCAAAUGUUGUUGGGGGGACAGUUAGCAAAUGCUGGUUCUAGUGAUUUCAAACCAUUUGCAAGAGAUCCAGAAAAACAAAAAAGAUAUGAAAGUUUUGUGAAAAGCCUUAAACAAGGAGAAAAAGUAGAUACGUUGGAGCGUUACUUAGACCCAAGUAUGACUGAAUGGGAACGAGGGAGAGAACAAGAGGAAUUCUUCCGUGCAGCGAUGUUCUACAAGUCCUCCAACUCAGCGCUGGCAUCCAGGUUUACGCGGGCCAAAUAUGAGGAUGAUGCUGACAAAGUUGAAGUUCCUCGGGACCAGGAGAAUGAUAUUGAUGAUAAGGAAUCUGCUGUGAAGAUGAAGAUGUUUGGCAAACUCACAAGAGACAAGUUUGAAUGGCACCCUGAAAAGCUGUUGUGCAAAAGAUUUAAUGUUCCUGAUCCAUAUCCUGAGUCUUCCAUUGUUGGUUUACCAAAAGUGAAGAGAGACAAGUAUUCUGUAUUUAAUUUCUUAACUCUGUCUGAGCCUAGUACAUCUGUAACACAAGAAACAAAUGAAAGAAAACAAGAGAAUAACAGUGUGAGCAAACCAAAGAAACCUUCAAGAUGGGACAUAUCAGAUAAAGAGAAGGAGAAAAAAGAUUCUAUCAGUGAAUUCAUUAGUCUUGCCAGAUCAAAAGCUGAUCUUCUGCAGAAGCCACCAGUGCCAACAACAGAAGAAAGUGGAACAAAGGCAGCUGAAACACUUCCCAGCGAGGUAGAUAAUGAGAAUAAGGAUCAGGAACAGGAAGAAGAAAGCAGACCAUCCAUGGACUUAUUUAAGGCCAUCUUUGUGAGUUCCUCAGAUGAAAAAUCGUCCUCUGAGGAAGAGAGUGAUGAAGAACAGCAGCCUACUACUUCAGUAGUAGAUUCAGAAACCACCGAACAAGCUGGUCUACCUGAUAGUUCUUCAUCUAACAUACAAGACAGUGUGACUGUUAAAGCUGAGCCUGGCGUUUCUUCAUUGCCUGCUUCAAAGCAGGAACAGAAUAAUGCAGAGGAAUUUGGACCGAAGUUGCCUCCGUCUUUUUCUUCUGGCUCUACAUGGCAACAAGAAACAGUGGUGCCAGCAAGUUCUCCAGGGCCUAGCAGGAAAGAAAAACAUAAAAAGAGCAAAGAGAAACACAAAACUAAGAGAGAUCACAAGCAUAAAAAGGAAAAGAAAAAGAAACACAGGAAACACAAAACCAAAGGAAAACACAAGAAUAAAAAAUCAGAAAAAGACAGCAGCUCAGAUACUACAGACAGUAGUGAUAGCCUUAGUGACAUAGAUUCCACAAACCUGUCACCUAAAGAACUUCUAAGAAGAUUGAAACAACUUCAGUAUUGAAGAGGCAUCUUUCUUCAUUGCUGUGUGAUUUUUUAGAUCUCAGAUUUUUGAUCUCCUCCGUGAUGGUAGAUCAAUCUUGUAUAUAUAUACUUUGAAGCAUUGUAGAUAAUGUAUUCAUAUUGAAUUUGUUUGAAAGUAAAUGUUAAUAUGUUUAUUUUGUGAUGUUUCAUAGGAUUAAAAUCUAAUGAUUAUGGAAUGUUGAAAAA